AUGCUCAUGGGAGGGAGCACUCAACUGCAGGUCGUUACUCACUUCGGAAUAGGAGAAGGAGUUCGACAGCUUCAGCUGUGGAUUACAAUAUGUAUGCUGGUACAUAUAGGAAACGGAGAUUAUGACUGCGCCGACAAUCUUAUAACCGGACCUUUGGGGGUCAAUGAUUCCUCUCUGACAGCCUCCUCUUAUUAUGACAGCGGAACUUGUUAUCCUAAAUUUGCCAGGAUUAACCAGGACCUUACAUUGUGUUGGUGCCCGGCCGUGUCUGAUAAGUCGGAAUAUUUGCAGGUGGAAUUCCAACAUGCCUCUACUGUGACAGCUCUCAUCACUCAAGGAAGGGGCGUACCGUUGCAAUACCUGAAGUCCCUAACAAUGAAAAUAAGUCUUGACGGAUCUAACUGGGAAACUGUCACUGAUGAAUCAGGCACCAUAAAAGUUUAUGAAGCAAACACCGACGGUACAACACUUGUGAGUCAUGCGUUGAAUAAUAUCCGCGCAAAAUUCAUUCGCAUCCAUCCAGAAACUUGGUAUGAUUGGCCAUCCUUCAAUAUGGAGAUUCUUGGGUAUUUACGUAGGACCUGCUGGAUUGGGAAAACUGGUGUUCCGACCGAAGAGCUUCCUGUACUUCACCAGACGUUCGCUCUUAACAAUGGAAUAUGUGGGAAAGAGUGCCACAAAUACCAGUCGUGUGGAAGUUAUAUGUUUGACUUCGAUAAUAGGGAAUGUCACCUUUACUCCAUUCAGACAUUCAACGUUACGACAACUCGGUCAGCCUCUCUGGGAAGAAAAGUAUAUUUCGUGAAUAACCCUGAUUGUAUUCCUUGA